AUGGGUGGUGUUUUUGGAAAAGGGGAUUCAUCAAGGCGUAGCACUCCAGCUUCAAAGCUUGAAGCGAAGAUGGUCGAAGCAAUGCAGAAGAGAGCUCAAGCAGGGAGCAAUAUGAAAUCAUUUAAUAGCAUAAUCUUGAAGUUCCCCAAAAUCGAUCAGAGCUUAAGAAAUUGCAAGACCAUUUUCCAACAGUUUGGUGAGUCCUUUCCCACGCUGGAUGGUAUAAAAAAUAUCAUUAAUUAACUUAUUGCUAUAGAAAAUAUCAUUAAUAUCAUGUAUUUUUUGUUUCUUUUGAUUGGCUUUCAGAUGAAGAUUCCAAUGGCUUGAUAGACCCAGAAGAACUGAAGCACUGUUUCCAUAGGUUGGAGAUAACUCUGACUGAAGAAGAGAUCGAAGAUCUCUUUGAGGCAUGCGACAUCAGUGAGAACAUGGGGAUGAAGUUCAACGAGUUCAUUGUUCUCCUCUGCCUGGUCUAUCUUCUGCAGAAGCCCGCAUCCGUUCAUACUGUAUCCUAAAUUAGAAUACUCCUUAGACUAAUAGUCUUGUCUGUAAUUAAUCACUUUAUUCUUUCUUCCGUACUUUAUAUGGAUAACUCUGAUUUUAUUUUCGCACAAAAAUAUUUUCACCUUUUUUUUUGUUUACCUGAAACUAAAUAACACUUCCCCUCUUGUGCAGCCUGGUUUGAUAUUCUCAACUAUUGGAUCAUAGUUUCAAAACCUGUUAAAUAAUAUGACCUUCCAACUGCAAACUAAUUGACAUACUUUCAAGAAGAAUAUUCCUAUUUUAUUUGAUCCUUGAUAAUUUUUCGUCUUCCUAUGGAUCCAUAUCUUUCAGUAUUAGUUUCCCUGUUUUUCGUUUUCGUAUUUAUUUAUUUUUUUAUUUUUAUUUUUUGGGAGAUAGAUAUAUAAUUUUUUGGGUCACUCAGAUUAAGAACACUCAAUUUCGCUGAAAGCUCUGGAUGAAAUUAUUCAAAAUAUUACUAAAUCUGGACCCACCCACUUCAUAUUUUUGGUGUUUUUAUUUGAUUUCAUCUAAUGCUUGACUAAUAGGAGAAGAGAACUAACCAGAUUGUGCUGUAUCAGUGACAAUUAAGAGAAUACUCUCUUAAGCUAGCUCGUAAUGUGCAUCAGUACUCUGAUCUGGUUUUUAAAUCUGUGUUUGCUACUCGUGGCCUUAAUAUUUCCACCUUAUUAUACGAUUUAAAAACCUUUUUUUUAUGUUCUUAUUCCCGUUCAUUUUUUCAUGAAAUUAUGACAUGUGAAGCCCAGGGAUUUGUUUCAAUGACAUAAUGAGCAGAAAUCAAUUAUGGGCUUCUCGAACCUGGAGGCUACGUUCGAGACUCUGGUUGAUGCAUUUGUGUUCCUGGACAAGAACAAGGAUGGAUAUGUGAGUAAGAAUGAAAUGGUGCAGGCCUUGAAUGAGACAACUUCUGGCGAACGCUCCUCUGGACGUAUAGCCAUGAAAAGAUUUGGUCAGUUUCUCUCUCUCUCUCUCUCUCUCUCUUAGAUGGACUGCUUUUUUUUAUAAAAAAAAUGGUGAUUCAUUUAAGAACAUUGAUAGAGUCUAUGUAAAAAACAUCGAAAAUUUCCCUUUCAAGCGUCUGUUACCCUCUCUCUCUCUCUCUCUCUCUCUCCCCUCAUUGUAAACGACCCUCAGAUAACCUGGAGAGGUCCUCUUGACGUAGUGCUCGCAUCAAUGCUUGAUCUAAGUUUGGAAGGCAAUACAUCUCCUAAGAUCUCCUUGUUUACUGGGUAAGGGGGAGAGUGAUUAUAUCACCUGUGGUCAUCGAUAGAACGAAGAGCAAUAGAAAUAAGUCCUAGAACCCUAAUCAGACUUCAGCUCUUAACAUUCCAUCUCCUAUUCUUCUUAGAUCAUUUCAUCCAAAAAAAAACUUCUACGCAGAUUUAUAAUUAUUCUAAGUCGAUCUUUUCUACGUUAUUUCUGAGAGAAAAAAAGAACUUUGGUUGCAUCUAAUCCUCCUCUCCCUGAACAGCAGAUCAACUUUCAUCAGAAUCAGCAUCAGUCAAUCCAUUUCAAUGAUUCCGGGCUUUUUCCACCCGAUCUGACUUUGUUUAUUUUCAAGAACACCAACACGACAUUAAUUCUGUGAUGCAGAGGAGAUGGACUGGGAUCGAAAUGGGAUGGUCAGCUUCAAAGAGUUCCUCUUUGCCUUCACUGGCUGGGUUGGAAUCGAUGGCGUGGAAGGAGAGGAAGAUGAUGAUUGA